CACACACCACCUGAACUCAUCAAAAAGCCACCUCGCAAUGCCGCCACGCCGCCUCCCCUCCGUGGCCGCGGCCACCACCGCGGUGCUCCUCCUGGUCGCCAUCGUCCUGCAGGCCGGCGCGACCGCGGCCGGAGCCGCGGCGCGCGGCAAGAGGACGAGCCUGGAGUCCGCCUUCCUGGACCCGCACAACGCCGCGCGCCGCGCCGUGGGGCUGCGCCCGCUCAAGUGGGACGAGCGGCUGGCGGGCUACGCGCGGCGGUACGCGGCGGCGCGGAGCGGCAACUGCGCGCUGGAGCACUCGCACGGGCCCUACGGCGAGAACCUCUUCCGCGGGAGCGGCGGCGCCGGGUGGACCCCCGCGGCCGUGGUCGGCGCCUGGGUCCGGGAGCGGGCGCUCUACGACGCGCGCGCCAACGCCUGCCGCGGCGGCGGUGGACGCGGCGCGUGCGGGCACUACACGCAGAUCGUGUGGCGCGCCACCACGGCCGUCGGGUGCGCGAUCGUGCCAUGCGGCGGCGGCCGCGCCACGUUCGCCGUCUGCAGCUACAACCCGCCGGGCAACUACGUGGACGUCAGGCCCUACUGAUGAUCGUGACCGAUCCAUGGAGGAGGAGGAGUGCGCGACACGUACGUGCUGCUCCACGUUCAGUGCCAUGUCUCAAGCUCUCAACUCUGAACGGGAGGGCGCGCGUGUGCUGCAGAGUUGUUGAUCUUGAUCAUAUCAUACGGCCGGGCCGGAGAGAGGUUAUUUUGUGUCAAAUUUUUUUACGGCGAUCCCGCGGUUAAAGUGGAUCCCCUCAUUUUUACUGUUCAUCAUUAUUUUGCAUUGGUUCGGUGAUAUAUAUAAAUGGAUAAUAAAUAAAAUAAAAGAUGAUUUCACAUUCCA